AUGAUAAAAAAGACUCUGCUCUAAUAAAGCAUGACACGAUGUUUCAAUGAUCCAGAGAAGCUUCAAAAGUUUCUAGAUCGAAGAUUGACUAGAAUAAUUAAUAAAGAUGAUACAACUUAGAAUUUAAAUGAUGCUGAUUUGAUGGACAUGAAGUCUAGUGAUGAUAGCUUUGAGCAAGAACUGAGAUAAAACGACAAGGAUGGAAAUGAAAUUGAAGAAAAGUUUGAUCUUACAAUUGAUAUUACUCAAGAAAAUGAUAUACUAGAAAAAGAAGAUGUGGUUUUCGCAUUGAAAAAGAGGUAGUUUGAGGGAGAUUCUCAGAAAGGAGUUGGUAGAGUCUUUUUAUAGAAGAGGGGCAGUAAGCAAUCCAAUGGAACUAAAAGACUAGAAUCGACAAUGAGUGUUAAAAGAUAAAGAUAAAGUGUUGACUAAGAUACUGAAUCAGAUUGUGACCUUCCUAAAGCCUAGAUUAUUGUAAGACCUGAAUUGAAAAAUAACGAAUUUCUUAAAAUGUAUCAAAUGAACAAUAACACUCAUGAGUCAGAUAGAGAAAAGGCAUAAUGUAUCUCCAAUAAUCUUCAAUAUAACAAGCGAAUAUAGAAACUUCAUCCUUUCUUUAAUAAAAAGGAAAAAAUUGAGCCUGACAUUAACCUGGAGGCAAAUGACCUUUUCAAAAUGGCUUAGCUUACUGAGUAGGAAUAUGAAAGGUUAAAGGGAAUGAAAGAAAAUGAUUUCUAGCAGAUGCUUCACAAAGAGAGGACUUUGCAGCUAAGCCCAGAGGGUAAAACUUUCAAGAAAACUGAAAAGGAAAUAAGUGAGAAAAAGAAAGAGCAAGUAAUGAUGAUCAAAAUAUACGAUUAGUUAAUGAAAUUCAGAUUAAAGAAAAGAUUUGGAGAAACCAAGCUAAAAGAAGAACAUUCAGACAGCAGUUUCUCUUAGGUAUCGAAUCUAAUCUAAAACAAUAAAAUUAUUAAAAAUGUUCAAGCUGCACGAAACAUGACAUCAUCUCCUGGAAAUAGAUCAAGGAAUGUUAUUUUAUAAAGGCCAAUGACAACCAUUAAUAAUGAUAAAUCUCCUAGAAGAGUCUAUGGAGGUUACUAGACUUAAACAACUUAGGAUGUAACUUACAAAUCCUUUUCACCAAACAAGACAAGUACAAGUUUCAAGAAUUCAUCAUUUACUAAGGAGGAAAAAGACCUUUUAAAGUCUAGUUAUUCCAAUAUAAUUCAAUAGGUAUCUUAAUCUAAUCAUCUCUAACUAAAGAAGUUUCAUUUGCAAAGGAUGAAAGAAAUUAACAAAAAGUUUGUGGGAGUCUAGCAAUACUAUAUAGAUGAUUUCGUGUCAUUUGAUAAAGCAUUUGCAGAGAAGAUUAAAUUCUUGGAGGAGAAUCAAAGAACAAUGAAUGAUUAUCAAUUUAAAAGCAAGGAUCUUAUUGAAAGAGAAUAAAUGGAGAAAUGUAGAGAUGAACAAUCAAACGCUGUUGAUAAGGCAAUAUUUUUCACCAAAGUGUCGCCAAACAGCUUUAUUAAAGUUUAUACUACCAAAUAUCAUCUCAAGGAUAAUGAACUGCUCCCUUUUUAUAGAUAUCAGUAGGAUAAAGAAUUGAGCUUGAAGCAAUUCAAACUUGAAUUGAAAUAAAGGAAAAAAGAGGAUUAUAGGAAUAAAAUUAAAACAUAAGCAACUUCCCGUAAAUAGAACUUAACUGCCGAUGAUAAGAGUAAGAAAGACAUCUAAUAUUCUCCACCAAUCAAGAUUAUUGAAUUUUCAGAGGAUUAAACACCAUUACCUUCAAAUGAAAUAAAGCUAAACUUCUUUAAUUAAGAUGAGCUUUUACCAAUGCCAUUAAUGAAUAUCUAAAGAAGAAUAUCAAAUUAAAGCAUUGCGGGAAAUAGAUCUUUUACUGCAUAUAAUGCGCAAAGACCAAGAACAAACACUGAUUAUAAUAUAUUUUAGGAUAAAUACUACAAAUAAUCAGAAAAAGAUACAAUAUCCCUUACCAAACAAUCAGAAAAAGUGUUUUAAGAACACUAGUUUAUUAAGGAUGAGAUUAUUCAAAAGACAUAGCAUUUGAAUAAAUAGAUUAAAAAGAACAAAAUGAUAUUUGAUGGAUUUAACAAGUCUAUAUCAAAGCAGAAAUGGCUCGAGAAAUUAGUAGAUAGUAAAAUAUAUGGCAUCGAUGAUGCUAAGGUUAACUAUCCAGAUCGUCAAAAAAUAAAUAAAUCUCAGUCAAAACAUAAUAAAAAAUAAAAAGCUAAAAAUGAUCCAGAAGCUUCAGAGGAAAAACUGGAUGAAUUUGACAAAUAUAAACAAAAUUUUAUGAAAAAAGUUAAGAUCUGGAACAUUAAUGAGCUUAAGAAAAUAAACCCAUCUAUGUAGAAAAAAUUCUACAUGUCUAUCAAGUGA